GAGUUUUGGCUCCCGGGAAAGGUUCCACUCCUCGGGGAUAGAGGGUUGAGUUUUGUAUGCUUCUAUCCAUUCUGCAAGACGCUAAAGGCCCCUCAUCAACCUCUCCUGUGUCCGGGAACACCUCCAUGGUAAUCAUUUUUUUCGUUUAUUUGUCUUGUGGAGCCGGAGCGCCUUGCCAGAAGUGGUCGAUUCAGCAGUGUCCUGAAGCUUUUUUGAUGCUAUAGGAUGACUCCAGCUUGAGCCAUCGCCAAAACAAAAAGUUUUCUACAAACGCAUUUUGAAUAAAAACUUGAAUAAAACAGACGCAACUACAACCAUAUCCUGCUAUUUGAACGACUUCUUCAACGACUAGGAUCACGUUCCAACCAGCUACUGAGAUACAGUAUCCCAACUCUGUAAAUUGUUCAUGUCGUGCCAACGCAGGACGGGCUAGGAGACAGGACUUGUGAACUCAACUGGGGCUUUUCUUUCUUUCUACAAAUUAACUACAACAAACUCUUUUACUCUUAAUUGUCAACCGUCAAGAAGGAAAGAUUGCUCUCCAACAACCACCUUCCUAUUAUUCUAAUUUGGCUGGAGCGGGUUUGUACGAAACUGUUUUAAUGUUUGGAAUUCAGGAUAAUAUACCUAGAGGAGGGACGACUAUGAAAGAGGAACCGCUGGGCAGCGGGAUGAACACGGUCCGGUCGUGGAUGCACACAGCUGGGGUAGUGGAUGCGAACACAGCCGCCCAAAGCGGUGUGGGUUUGGCUCGGGCACACUACGAGAAGCAACCGCCGUCCAACCUCAGAAAAUCCAAUUUUUUCCACUUCGUUCUUGCUCUGUAUGACAGGCAAGGACAGCCCGUUGAGAUCGAAAGGACAGCAUAUGUGGACUUUGUGGAGAAGGAUAAAGAACCAAACAGUGAAAAAACUAAUAAUGGGAUACAUUACAAACUACAGUUAUUGUACAGUAACGGCGUCAGAACAGAACAGGAUCUUUUCGUACGAUUAAUCGAUUCCAUGACGAAACAGGCUAUUAUCUAUGAAGGUCAAGACAAAAACCCAGAGAUGUGUCGAGUGCUCCUCACACACGAGAUCAUGUGCAGUCGGUGUUGUGACAAGAAGAGUUGUGGCAACAGGAACGAGACCCCCUCAGACCCCGUUAUCAUCGACAGAUUUUUCUUGAAAUUCUUCCUCAAGUGCAAUCAGAACUGCUUGAAGAAUGCAGGAAACCCACGAGACAUGCGCAGAUUCCAGGUUGUCGUAUCUACAACGGUCAACGUGGACGGCCAUGUUCUGGCGGUCUCGGACAACAUGUUUGUCCACAACAACUCCAAGCACGGCAGAAGGGCUCGACGUCUAGACCCUUCUGAAGGUACGACCACUCCUUAUCUGGACCAUGCAGCUACCCCGUGUAUAAAAGCCAUCAGCCCCAGCGAAGGAUGGACCACGGGAGGAGCGACGGUCAUCAUCAUAGGCGACAACUUUUUCGACGGCCUCCAAGUUGUGUUCGGGACGAUGCUGGUAUGGAGUGAGCUGAUUACACCCCACGCCAUCAGAGUGCAGACCCCGCCCCGGCACAUCCCGGGGGUUGUCGAAGUAACCCUCUCCUACAAGUCCAAGCAGUUCUGCAAAGGGGCUCCCGGGCGAUUCGUCUACACUGCUUUGAACGAGCCGACCAUUGACUACGGCUUCCAGAGGCUACAGAAGGUUAUUCCCAGACACCCUGGAGACCCAGAGAGGUUACCGAAGGAGGUGCUGUUGAAGAGAGCGGCGGACCUCGUGGAGGCGCUUUAUGGAAUGCCCCACAACAAUCAGGAAAUCAUCUUGAAGCGGGCGGCCGACAUCGCCGAGGCCCUGUACAGCGUCCCGCGCAACCACAACCAGAUUCCGUCGCUGGGCAACACGGCUUCUCACGGCGGCAUGAUGGGGGUGAACUCGUUCGGCAGCCAGCUCGCCGUCAACGUCUCCGAGACGUCACAGGUAGGAUACAGCCGCCAAACCAGCAGCGUGUCCCCCCGUGGCUAUGUCCCCAGCAGCACCCCGCAGCAGUCAAACUACAACACCGUCAGCAACAGCAUGAACGGCUACGGCAACGCCAUGUCCAACUUGGGGGUCCCCAGCUCACCGGGGUUCCUCAACGGCUCCUCUGCCAACUCCCCCUACGGCAGUAAGUAUCAAGUAGUGCCGUCGAGCCCUACCAUGGCAGCCUCUUCGGUCAGCCUCUCUUCAAACUGUAGCGGUACACACGGCAUUUUCUCAUUCUCACCUGCCAAUGUCAUCUCUGCAGUGAAACAAAAGAGCGCCUUUGCCCCUGUUGUAAGGCCCCAAGCUUCUCCACCUCCUUCGUGCACCAGUGCAAAUGGCAAUGGACUUCAAGCAAUGUCCGGCCUUGUUGUCCCUCCUAUGUAAAUUGCACUUCCUCUUCCUGAACAAGCACCAAUCGUCACAAAGGGACUGCAGUGGACUUGUUUAGAACCUCCGGAAGAUUCAGCUUGAGUCUGUGUCAUCAAACAAGAAUAAAAUCAACAAAUAAAUCUGUUAUUCAGAGAGAGAAAAAGACUUUGUUUCAAAGAUUUUAUUCAAACAAAUAUGAAUUGUGACAUGUAAGCAACUUUGUCAUGAACAAUUUAAUUUUAUUGACUGAAUUUCUUGUCAUAUUUUCACAUUUCUCAGUCUUGAAGAAAAAAGGAAGAAAAAUGCCUAUUUUGUAUAAAUGUGUCUGGUUUGAUCUUGGCUAUGUCUAGUUCUUGCUAUGUAUUUGGGAGAAACUUUGUGGAUGCGCCAUUUGAUGAAAAACACUGAUUACGAAGCCUCAGAAUAUGUUUCUCUUUACACAACAAUUGUACAUCUCUAUAAUGUCAAUUCAUGUUUUUAUAUUUUUCUUUUUGUUUAUAAUUUGUGGUAAGAGAAAAGGGGGCCAAGACAAUGUGAACCAUUAAAACUGGAAAUAAUAUGAAUUAUAUGAUUUUAAAAACAACAUUAACAUGAAGAAGUAAAUAAGAAAACUCUUGGGGGAGGGGCUGGCAGAGGAGAUUAAAUCAUGCUUACUUCAUCUAAAAAAUGAACUUUGUAACUUAUUGUAGGUAGAAAUUGUAACUUUGAUAUUGCAAAAAUUCUUCUCUUGCCUUCAACAAGCACACUAACAGAGAUGAAAAGCUACUGUCUGUUGGUAAAAAGAAAAUACUUCCACUGCUAGAGCUUCCUGUUAAGCAAGUGUGAUCUGCAAUGUUUUUCAACUUUUUUGCUAGCACUGUAUAAUAUUGCAUUCUUAGGCUACUGUGAAGUCUAUGUUUCUUGUACCAGAAAGUUGUCCUUUUACUUCUAGCUCCUUAUUCCCUAAUGUGUUUUGUAUGUGGUUAUACAAUUGUAGACUUUUGUGAUUUUGCCAAAGUUGUAGCUAAAUAUUUAUACACUUGUCUUGAAUUUUCCAGAUCCACUUAAAUAUUUAGUACAGAGUUUUAUUCCUUAUAAAAACAGUAAGGGGUAACUUACAUUGUAACACUUUCACAUAAACACUUGCGGUCACUAAGGGAAUUUUUUGUAACAUAUUCAUUAUAAAUAUUGUAUUUAUCUUCUCAAUUUUGUAAAUUGCUUUCAAUCAUUUAAUUUGAUCUUGUAUGUAUUGUUUGUCAUGGCCAGAUAUUGUGAUGCAGCACAGAGCGUAAAGCCAAGAACCAUUGCCCUCAUAAGAGUUUUUUAUUUGUUUUUGUUGUAACAAUAGAUUAAUUGCAAUUUCAUUUGUAUCUCAAAAUUACAUUUUGUUUGUCAAAAUAACUCAUUUCGUUCGUUUCAUUGUUUUGUUAUUUUGAGAAUAACAGACAAAAUUCAUUGUUUAUUUUUGUAUUAAUUUCUAAGUUAUGUAAAACAAAAAUACUUUUUUGGAAUAAUACUGUUUGUUGUAUAGUCAAAUAACUUGUUUGUGACACAUGGCUGUAAUGAUAAUAAUAGUAGAAAAUGUGCAUGUCCAGGAGCCCGCCCCCGGGGGUGAUUCAAUUUGUGGUUGUACAUUUUGUUUUGUAGAAUGUAAAAAGUCAUUUUUACCUGCUACCCCAUAUCAUUUAGCUCAGCUGUCUUAAACAGGGAACAAAACCACACAUCAAAACCAUCUAAUCUGGAAUUGAAACUAGACAUUAAAAAUCACUGUUGUUUAUUAUAAUCUGCCAGAAAAGCAAUUUUGAAGCCUGGGGAUGCGAUCAGCAGGAUGCAACAUUCUGGAACGUUCCAAUAGAAAUGCCGUGUACAGUGGAACAUGCACCAUGGACGCGUAGAGCAAGGAAUCACGUUGGCGCUGUUUGUGGCAUUUCAACCUGCAACGUUAAAGAACGUUUUCAUUCUGAACAUAGCCCUCGUAUCUCAACGUUUCUUAUGGUCUAAUGACAGCAUACCACACCACAAUGCCAAUCACAACUCCAUGAAGAUGAUAUAUGGUGUAAAAAGCACAAACAUUUUUUACUAAAAAUAAAAGAAGUAUUGUGACCCCUUCCUCUUUUGACUAUUUUGUCAUUUCAUGUUUUUUUUUGUUAGUAUUUGGCUUAACUCCCUCACAUCAGUGUGGAACAUCUGAAGAGAUGUUAAAAAAGGUAGAGAUUUUGUAAGAUAUGCUGUAUCUCGAGGCAGGAUAAAAAUGCUAAAUUGUACAUGGCAUUUUACAAUAACUCCAUAAAAUAUUGUAGCAUCAUACUGUAGCAGAAUUAAAUUGUCCAUCAUCUUCCUUCACGCUAUUGAUUUUCCUGGUUGUGCCAUAUCAACCGACAACACACAAAUGUUUCUACCAAGGAUUUCAUUUUUUAUAUUUUACUUUGCACUUAACACUUUGUAAAAAAAAAAGUUUAAAAAUCUCAUAUGUUACAUAGAGUGGAAGAAGGAUCAUCUUGGGGGGGGGGGAGAGAGAGAGGGAGGGACCAAAAAGGACUCUUCCCCUUUGACAAAUUGAAAGUUUUUCUUCUUUUCUGUGAGGAAGCACGACAUACGGCAGCUGUAGAAAGAAAUUGAUGAAUGUGCAAUGUAUUUGCUUUGUGAUGGCUCAACAAGGCUUGGCUAAGUGGGGAAGGCUGAGAAGUCACCUUGAAAGUAAAAAGGGAGACGCAAGGUUACAUUUAAAAACAUUUGUGAAUUUCAUCAUUUCUGCAAUUUGGUUCAUGUGUUUUUUUUUUGCUAAUCAGACCAUGCUUUCAUUGCUUUGUUGCCUUCAGUUUUGAGGAUCUCACUAAAUGGUCAACAGUUCUGUAAGGGAAGACUAUUAUUUGGUUUUGUGUAUUUUUUGUUUUGUUUUAUGUCCACAUUUUCACCUAUAACUGUAUAAAGAUGUUCAUUUUACACUAUAUUUAAUUAAAGUAUUUCUUGUCUGUGAACAAA